AUGCUGGUUAGCAAGUCUGUCAGCCGGAUCCAGGUCGGACUUUGCCGCUUUCUCCAUUCAUCCCGCAAUGCAAGCAAACCUCCGCUACAGGAGAACUCUACUUCGGCUUUCGCCUACAGUAUUGGAGCACCAUCACGACCACAAGCAUCGAGCCAAGCUGGCUCAAGUAGGCCUCACCACUUUGUCCCGUCUACUGCUCAAAGCAAGCCAAGUCAAGCAAGACCAAAGCGGAAGCGUCAGCAGCGUGCAUUACUACGUCUGGAUCCGAGAAAUCCGAUCGUGGCUUUGCUUGCGCCCACACCUUCAACCAGCUCUGUGGAUGAGUCGCAAAACCCAUCCCAGAGCCGUGCCAAGAAGCUGAGCCAUCUGCAUGUUGCGCUGCAGACAGGAUCCGCUGAUGCCGUCUGGUCUGCAUAUCUCGAAGCACGACACCAUCGCCAUGGGGAUGAUCACUCAUCGAAGUCCAUGGCUGGCUCAACCUUGGGCGAUAAUGUGACACCAGAAGAGUAUCGUCAAGUCCUCAACGUUAUCGGCAACGAUGCCACCAAGACCAAAAGAGGCCUCAAUCGGGUGUUGCGGCUCAUGUCGGAUUUACGGGAUCAGCAACGUCACCUGCUGCUUCGUCUACAGCAAGCUUCCCAGGUGGACUGCGCCGGCCAAAGCCGCGCACUGGCCGAAGAACUUAAAGCUUGGGAUGCUGUUAUCUCCCCAAAGCUGUUCAACACUACCAUCGGACUCAUCGGAAGGAGCCUGCGCAGUGUUGGUCUGGACGAGGUCGAUCAAAUCCUCGAUCAGCUACUUACGUAUGAGGCCAACGAGCAGGCUCGAAUGCCGCGCGGAUCAAGGCGAAGUCAUCAUGCAGACUAUGCGGCCGGACCCCGGCUUUCAGGAAAAACCCUGAACCACCUCCAUUCAUCGAAGCUUCGUGGUAAGCAGCGACAAGUCGACUUUCCGGACCUCGCGACCUACAACACGAUACUGGACAUCAUUACGCGCACCGUGCAUCGAAGUGAUCCUGCUCGUCGCUCGGCUGCGAAAGAAGAGCGAUCGGAUGAGGAGGCGGACGACGACGCAAUGUCGAAGCUCACUGAACAGCACCUCGCAUCGCAUUCAGCUCAGGUCGACGCUUCCUUGGCGUCGAAGCUGCGUCGCUUCUACCUCAAUCCAGAUGCAGCGCCAGUUCAUCUUGAUGCUCACGAGCGUGCGGAUCGACUCUUCCAUUCAGUGCUCGAACGUAUGCAGCGCAUCAGUCACAUCGAACCCGAUCACAUCACCUUCAACAUCAUGAUCACCAUGUACUGCCUGCUCGACCGAUGGGACGCUGUGCAUCGUAUUGUUCGUUCUGCUGAUGACAAAGGCCUACUGAACAUCGAUUGCGUCAACAAUGCACUGGGUCACUGGCUAGUGCGUGGACCGGCUUCGGCGAAAAGGCUCGGAAACGAUCGUGCUUCCGAACAGACAGCAACAGAUACCGCUCUAGAUGUGUAUCGGCAACUACGACAGAACCUUGUCCAUGCUCAACUCGCAUCGCAUGACUCGACCAUCGCAUAUGGAGAUCGGGACGCCAAGUCGCUGGUUCACCAUCAUUCGGACUCUCCUGCUGAACUCGGACCUCUGUCCUGGCCAGAUAGCAACGAGAGGCCAGCAUCUGACCGCUCGAGCAACUUGGCCGCCUCUGGUGGGAACGUUGCGAUUGAGGCUACUCUUGGUAUUUCUAGAUUACCUAUCAAUAUCGUCCCUGACGAGAUUACGCACACCUUACUGAUCAACAGCCUCGCACGCGAUGGACGAUUCGCCGAUGCGCUAAGCGUAUUCAAGGAUCUCGUCUCCACACCAAUCCGGCUGUCUGCCAAGGGACGCAAGGGAGGCAACAUCCGGACAGCCGAUGCCGAGUCAGCCGAUGAGGGAACAGACGAGAAAACAAUGCAACCUACACUGGCCAUCUUUGACAGCUUUUUCCGCGGCUUCUCACGUCACGGGAGGCCAAGUAGAGCGCUCAUACUUGACCUUGAGCAUCCUGAGCGCAGCACGUGGGAGGAGGCUGCAAGUAGAAGGCCAGAAGAGGGAGAGGGGGGAUCACAGCAAAGUGCACUGCAGAGCAAUGAAGACGGACGUCAUGCCCAGCAGCUUCAGUUGUGGAAUAUCAAGACGUUCCAGCAGAUCUUUGACGCUUUCCUCAAUUUCGAGCCAGACCUCAGUCAAGUGCUAGCUUCUGGUGCAAAUGACAGGAGCGUCGAGGCUGCGGCUCGCACCAUCUCGACACCUUUGGGAUGGCUGACUUCCACGGAAAAGCGAAGACUAGAUGGCCUUCGACGUACGCCUUCGACCAAUCAACUUUUCUGGAUUCUCACUGCAAUUCGAAGAGUCAGCCACGACCACGCAGGCUGGAGUUUGGCCGUGUGGCAGAAGGUGGUGGACAAGUUCGGACCCCGCGAUGCAGCAACGUCGUCAUCACACGACGGGCUUGGCUGGAUUGGAUUUCGGCUGGAUAAUCGACUGGCUCGCGUGCUCGAGCAUCUGGAAGCUCGUUUAGCUCAGGAACAGCAAGAAGAAGAGCAAGCUUCUGACAUUGCCGGAUAG